UCCAAGUUCCGGGACCAGUUCCUGCUUCGCUCGGCCUCUUACAAACAGCCCCCGGUUCUCCCUGAACUCACCCCGAAUCAGUCCCCGUCCACGUCGGAAGGAGCCUGGUAUUCCAAACAAACCUCUUGCACUCACUGAAUGGCAACGUUGGGGGAGGGCCUCACGCAUGCGCUACUCUGCUCAGGAACAGUCAGCUUCGGGGAGAAAAGGUUUAGUCCCAGAUACAGUUGCUGGAGGCGGAAUUGGAUGGCCAAAGACAUUUCCCUGCUCUGUCUGUCACUCAGUUUCCUCUCUGGACCCGUCUCUUACUCUCUGCCAGGUCGUACCGGGCUUUAUAAAAAAAGGAAGCGGAGACAGCUCUGCUCUCAUUCGGCAGCGGUUGGAGUGAAGAAGCGUGAUGUCUGGAGGAGGCAAAGGCCUGGGAAAAGGCAGAGCGAAGCGGCACCGCAAAGUGCUCCGUGAUAACAUCCAGGGCAUCACGAAACCAGCCAUACGGCGCCUGGCUCGCCGUGGCGGGGUCAAGCGCAUCUCGGGCUUGAUUUACGAGGAGACCCGCGGGGUGCUGAAGGUUUUCCUGGAGAAUGUGAUCAGGGAUGCGGUCACCUACACUGAGCACGCCAAGCGCAAAACGGUCACCGCCAUGGAUGUGGUGUACGCUCUGAAACGCCAGGGCCGCACUCUCUAUGGAUUCGGCGGCUGAGGGUAAAGCGACUCUUUUUCAGCGAAUCCAAAGGCUCUUUUCAGAGCCACCCAAACCCUCGGAUAGAGAGCGGAGACCUGAGGACGGGGAGGGGAUAGCGUACUGUUGACGGUGAUUUAACAUAUAGCGAUUAUAAAAUUAUUUCAAUCCUGAAAAUGUGCUAAUACCGUGUUCUGCAAGUGGGUGGACUCUGUAUCGCAUCGUGACUUGUAGUUGUAAGAUAUAGCAGCAGCAUCACGCCACUUUACCCAUCCAGUUUGUUCUACAAUGGCUGAUAGUUCUCAAACUUGUUCUUGCGCCUGCUCCCCGUAACCUUCGUUCCUCUUUUCUCGUGAAUACCUGUCUAUCUCAGUAAUAAUAUCAAUGUGUACUUGGUGUCCAUGCCAUGAAUUUGCUUUUAUUUAUUUUGGAAUCCAGACAUUAAUGUUGCGUAUUGUAAUAUUUAUAUUUCCGAAGCAUAGUAUUUGGCUCAGUUUUGUUUCUGGGAGCCUAUGGAUGUCGUAAUGGCGCGUUCUUUCCAUCUGCCCGUUCAGGCAGCGAUUACAAAUUGUCUUCGGGCAAAUAAUGCUCUGGAUGUGGUAGGAAUAUACUGAUAAAAUGUGGUUUUGUAAUUUUAUCGGUGUACACCAUGUUACCUUUGAAGAUGUUUCAAUCGGCGGGCACAAGUUCGCUUGCUCAUCCUGAGAGAGUAGGAAGCAAUAGGGGACAUUAGUAUUUCUGUCGGAAGUUACUUAAAAACAAAACGGCCGGCAGCGGUAGUGAAUUUUGCAACUAAUGAGAUAUUCAUUCAGGGAUUGCGGAAUCUAUGAAAAAAUAUAGUAAUAAGUGUGAUUUUAACAUCAAAUUUUGGUAUUGGGUUAGAUAUUUGUGGAAAAAAACCCAUCUCAUUGACUGCCUUUGCGUUAACAUGGCUAGUGGGGAGGUGGAGGCAGGAGAGAAAGGGAAAAAAUGGCGCCGGCUUACUUUCAAAUUUGAAAAUGCCCGCCAUCACGUAUAAAAGAGCAGCAAGUUUUACAGUACGUACACGUUGAUUUCAUAACCGAAAAAAGCAAUUAAAGAUCAGACAAUCUCACUUUACCCCAUUCCCGCCUUUACAGCUGAAAAAAAUGUCUCAAUGGUGAUCAAUCUGCUGUCUCUCCAGAGACAGGGGACAGAAUAUUGGAUAUGAACCGAGUCGAGAAUAAAACGCAGAGGGUCAGGGACCGUUCCUUACUGCAUUGGGUCAAACCAGUUCUUCCUACUGCACUUAAAGGAAAUGUGAAUCUAAUUUGAGGUCAAACCCGAUCGCGGACGUUCGUGCCGCCAUUCUAAACUCCUAGUAAAGACAGAGAUCACUCAGGCAGUGACCGUUCAAUACGAAAUCUUGUAGGUCAGGACACUCUUGCAAUCGCAUUUUAUGACAAAUCAUAGCAAAUAACAGCAUCCAAUUAAACGGAGCGCGAAAUUUAUUUAUGACUGG